UCCUCCUCCUCCUGCAGCAGCAGCAGCAGCAGCAUCAGAUAUGACAACUCAACUGAAAGCUCAGCUUUUCAUUGGCUUCCUAUGCCAAGUGGCCUGCUUCCUGGUAUAUGGCUUCCCUGUUGAUUCUGGAACUGAGUUCCGCUCUGCUUUCUCGGUUGCUCGAACCAGCAGCAUGGAAGGAAGCACUGAAAUGGUGAUCACCUUUGAUAAAGUCUAUGUGAAUAUCGGUGGUGACUUUGAUCCCAAAGCUGGGUUAUUUCGAUGCCGUAUACCUGGAGCCUAUUACUUCUCCUUCACAGUUGGGAAAUAUCCCAAGAAAAAUUUGUCGGUCAUGCUGAUGAGAAACAAGAAUGAAGUGCAAGCAAUUGUGUAUGAUGAACAUCACCGUAAAGAGAGGAAAGUGGCUAGCCAGAGUGCCAUGUUGCAAUUGGAUUAUGGUGACACAGUCUGGCUUCGUUUACAUGGAGAUCCCAAAUAUGCCCUCUACAGCAAUGUGGGCCCCUAUACAACUUUCAAUGGGUAUCUUAUCUAUCCUGACACUUCAAGCUAUUUUCAAAACACAGUGGUCUCCCAGGAAUUAGGUGAACCUUCAGGGCCUCCUCCUCAUGUCCUUCAGCAACUGUCCAUGAACCAGAAUGAAGUCUCAGAGAAACACCUGCUUUCCGACCAACCCAGCAGAUCACAGGAUCCUCGCUCAGCAUUUUCUGCUGCUCGUUCUGAAAGCCUCCUGGGGUCAGAUGAGAAGCAAACCCAGCAUGAGCCGAUUACAUUUGACACAGAGUUUGUGAACAUUGGGAAAGAUUUCAACUUCUCAAGCGGCAUCUUCACAUGUCGUAUUCCAGGAGCCUAUUAUUUCUCCUUCACCAUUGGCAAGAUGCCUUUCAAGACCAUGUCAGUCAAACUGAUGAAGAACCACAAUGAAGUUCAAGCAAUGAUCUAUGAUGACAACCACUCCAAAAGGCGGGAGAUGCAGAGUCAAAGCAUUAUGCUUCCCCUGCAGUAUGGUGAUACUGUCUGGCUCUACAGCCACCAGCAUGAUGGCUAUGGUGCCUAUAGCAACCAUGGAAAGUACAUCACCUUCACUGGGUUCCUUAUCUAUCCUGAGACUAAGCCAAAACCACCACCAGAUGCCAACAUGUCUCCAGGAUCAAGGCUCUAAAUGUCAACACAGAAAGAGCAUAAAAGAAAUUAAGAUGCAGCAGACUCUGGUGCAUAUCCUGGACGGAUGCCACCCUUUACAUGACAGUGUCAAGAGCAUGCUAUUGUAUGUCCAGUGCAUUCCUUAUGCUGCACGUUUGUGUCCUGCCUGCAGAGCCAUUGUUGUUUCUCCCAUUCAUCCAUAGAAUGACCUUUGCAGGGUAAUGUGUGUGUUCGUUCAUUAUUGCUGUUUGAUUAAAGCAUUAAGCAUGAGGUAGUUUGGGAAGUAGAAGACAUAAGGUCAGUAAAAGGAAAUGUGAAUAAGGAAGUGUUAUAAUAAUGCUGGGAGAGUUUAUGGGAAAGUAUACUUUCUCUCUCUCUCUGCACGUUAUUCAGAACCUGGUAACAGCUUCAGCAAAGCAAGCUUCUUUAGAAAGAACAAAUGUGGUUGAACAAGGAACUCAAUAAAGCCUAAAACAAAAACUACUGGGCGGGCUGGUAUGUUUGAUGUGAUGGUUAUUUUAUUAGGAUCUCCCAGUAAAGAGUAGCAUGCUUUUUAGAUAUGUCAGUGAUAUUUAGCUGAGUUAUUGUCUGCCAUUUUACAAAAGACCAGCUCGUUUAAAUAAAUUCCCAAGUUGCCAAACCAAUAUAAAUACUGAAAGAAGUAUACGGUUAAAAAAGGGAAGAACUGCAUACCAUUAAUUGUCAAAUGAAAACACUAUCUUUAAUUAAUCCCAUUAUUUAUUCCAGGCCUCAAAGUGUAACAAAAAACAAACAAGUAUCUUUAAAUCAGAGUGGAAAUUAUCCGGCCUUCCAGACAUUGUUGAACUACAACUCUCAGCACUGCUAGCUGGUAUAGCCAAGUGUAAGAAAUUCUGGCAGUAGCAGUCCAAUGACAUGUGGUGAGUCCCAUGAUUCCUACCCAUGCCUUAAAUGGCACAGUAGUUGAAAUUAUACUGAUUAAUAAACAGUUUUAGUGGAUUGAUCUGCCAAUUAAACUUAAUGGUCUCUGUGUAUCUGUGUCUAUGCAGGUGUUUAUAUCCAGUGUCACUGACAAAUAGGGAAAAUAACCUAGUUUUUCUUCCCUCCAACUACAGUUGCAGCCAAAAUAGGUUGCUUCUUAAUAGCCUACACCUCCACUACCACCCUUCUCCCAAGCACUUCACAGCACUAACAUCACUGCCCCCUUCCUCAGUUUCCAGGGGAAAGUUUUGGAUGCUGUACAAGGAGCUAGUGAAUAGCUGCUUGUGUGCCAUCCAAAAGUAAGACUCCAUACGUCCAAGUUAAGCAUGUACAAAUGACCAACAGGAUUCCAGACACCGUAUGACUGCAGAGCCAGUCUAUAGCAGAGAGGUCAUUUGCCUCCAAAGCAGAUUGAAUGGAAUAGAUUUGAUUAGGGUUUGGACCUGUAUAUGGGUAUGCCUAGUUUCAAUAGCACUUUAAAAAUGGCAGUAAAUCAAAGAGACUCACCUCGUUUGAAUUUGUCUGUGAUCUAAAUGCUUCUACUGUAGUUUCAGUGUUUACAUGUAAUACUAAUUUGCAUGCUUUAUACUGGUCAAUAGAAAGCCAGCAUAGUGCAGUGGUUUGAGUGUUGGACUAGGACAGUGGAAGACCAGGGCUUGAAUCCCUGUGCAGUCACGGAAACCUACUGCAUUACCCUGGGCAAGUCACACUCUCUCAGUUUCAGAGAAAUGCAAGGGCAAGUCCUCUCUGAACAAAUUCUGGCAUAAAAAGUCCAUGAUAGGGUUGCCUCAGAGUUGUCAUAAGUAAAAAAUGACUUGGAGGCACAAAAUAAUAACAACAACUAAUGCUGACCAAUAUAAGUUUGCUACAAUGGGAAUAUUCUGGCAUGAGUACCUGCUAAAAUCCAGUUCCAUAUAUCACAAACAAGGAGUGAUUUGAGUUCAAAAAGCAAUCCAUAGAUAAAGAUGUUUCUCAGUUAAGAUUAUACAAUCACAAUCACAUGUUCAUAUUUUCAUGUUUUUAAAUCUUUAAUAGUUUGCAGCAGGUUUCUGGUUGAAUAUAUGCAAUGUCCUGCCUUGAAAUAUGUGUGUCCAUAUGUGCGUGUUUAUAAACUAUGUGAACUAAUCCUUACAGAUACAAUACAUUCAAAAUUCAGCUCUUAUAAAAAUCUGAUAUCACAUUCAGUGAAGAUAUCCAUAACUCAUUUAUCACACAAAGCAUCUCCUGCAAUAGAUGCAGCUGAGCAAGUUGGCAUGUUCAUGGGAUCUUCAGUAGUUAAGAAUGUAGGUAGCAGAAGAGAAAUGUCCCUCCUUCAAAUAUCUUGGAUGUUAAAUAUGGUACAUCUUAUCUAAUACAGUGGAGUUUGAGGAGCAACUGCGUAAGACAUCCUGCAGCCAUUUCCAUUACACAAGAAGAAAGUGUUAACAUGGAAGGAAUCCCAAAAGAACCCUUAGUCUAGCUCCCUCCUUUUUGCAUAUCCUACAGGGAAAACCAUAAGAGCUGUUCACUGAUGGAACAGCUGAUUACUUAGCAAGAACCAAUAACUGUUCCACUAGUGAACCAUUCUUACAAUUCACAGACCCCUCCUAAUGUUUAAUAUGAAUUUGUUUUCUUAUAAUUUUUACUAUAUGUAAAUAUGUUCUGUCUUUGAUGACAACCAUGCAGGAGGGGCAUGCAGUCCCAUUUUCAUCUGAAACCCAAUACCAGUCCCCAGCACAACAUUUUUCCAAUAAGAAAUAGGAAAUACUGUCUGAUAGCCCAAUGGCAAUCAAACUUUGGCCCUCCACAUGCUUUGGACAUCAUCUCCCAGAGCCCCUGAACAUUGUCCACACUGGCUGAGUGUUCUGGGGAUGGAAGUGCAACAUAUGUGGAAGACCAAAGGGGGUUAGGGUCAGGAAGGGAAACUCUCGUGUGCAGUCUUGGUUAAUGAUAUAGAGAUUUAAGAACCUAAAAAGUAUUCUUACAUAUUACGUUGCAUAAACAAGAGCUGUAAGACCAAGACUUGCCCUUAAACAUGAGAGUCUCCUUGGUCUCUUUGGGCCAUGGCUAGGCUAGACCAAUAGAACUUCUUUAAUGCGCUAAUAUAGACAGGCAUAUCCUGCAAAGGCCUGGAGGCUAGGUGCUGAACAGAAUCCACAGACUCUUUAGGGCAGAAUUGUUUGCAGAGCUCACGGAUUAUUUCAAUGACCAGCUGGGAGAAAAGAUUGAUCCAAAGGUUUUUUUCCAGGCCUUGGAUGGAGCGAACCUGAUAAGCACAAUAGACCGUGGUGAAGAUAAGCUGCUCAAAUUCUUCUGGAGUUAUAGGCAUGUCUGAUUGGGAGAGAUAGUCCAGAUGCUCCUCAAUCCCAGCUGGGUUUUUGGGAAUCUCAUGCUGAAGGAUCCGAAGUAACCGCUUUGCAGGACGCAGGGAGGCCAGCUCCUCAUCUUCAAUCUUGAUUGUAUCAUUGGCCAUAAUUUCAAUCCCUCCCCAAAGUAACUAAAAUAGAACAAACAGAAAUGUGCAGGUAAAUGGGAUGUUUUCUCUGUAUUCAUGCCUGGGGGACGAAUUACAUUUUUGCUCAGAGCAGAUUAGCUAAUUGUGACCAGAAGGAUGGAAUUUGUCAUAUAGUGAAGCAGAUGGUUGUGUUAAAGAGUUCCUGAAAUUAGUAAAAACCUGCUUUGUAUUAGUGUCCCUGAGUACCGUUCUUGGUAGCACCAGUCCAUCUGAGACUGGUUUUUGGGUGCUGACAUAUAAUGAAUAAAAUCUGAAAUAAAUAGAUAAUCUUGUCUAGGCUAUAUUAACGUUAGCUCUGUUCCAGCCCUAUACCCUCCCUUCUUAUCCAGCUCCUCACUUUUUCCUUCCAGCAUCAGUCUGCAAGCAUGUUGCACAGACUGGAUUCAUUUUCAAAUUUCAAGUUUUUCUCUGUCAGCCUAGGCUGGAUGAGUACUGCACUGCAGAUGGAAUAAGCAGUCACGGAGACAGUGUUGUUCACAACAAAACAGAAAUUGUGCUUUUGUGGAAACAUCAUUCCUAUUCUUAGAAAGAAUAGCUUCCUCUGUUCCCAUUUCUAGCUCUUAAAAUCAUGGCAGGGCAAUGUGCUUAAAGGAGUGGGUUAAAUUAAGCCCAUUUGCAUCACGUCCCUCCUUGGAAUGCCCAUCUCUUAUCUAGUGGGUUGAAAAUUUAUUGUAUGCCCCAUAAAUUGUUGAAUAUAUCUCCCAAUGUGUGGGUGUGAAAGAGAUUAGUGUCUUGUACACAGAUGUGAGAGGAUGUGAGGGGGAAAACUAAAAACAGAAAGAGCAGGGAGACUAUAAAGAAAUAAAGAGGGAAUCCUAGCCCAGAAUGAUGGAAGCUAGUGCCUUAGGAAAUAAUGCUGCCAAACAAAAGUAGUCAAUGUAAAUGUUGGCUUCUCAGUAACAAUUCUGUCCUCUUUCAUGCAAACCCACAUGAUUAAAUUCUUUCCUUUUCCUAAAGUAGAGCCAGCUGUAUUUCAAUCUAAUGUUUAGACACAGCCCAAGGAUGCCAUCUGGUGGGCCUUAGUUUACAAAAGCAAAAAACAGUGUGUUUCUUGGGAGAUCCAGUGAUUCCCUUCUGAAGCAUCAUUCCCUGGUCUAAAGUAAAAGUGAAGCUCAAAUCCGUGGCUAAUAUGGAACAGGUGUUAAAACUGGUGCUACGAAAUAUAGAAUGAUCUGUGUAAAAACUGAAGACCUUACGACCUCACAGAUCAACCCAUCCUACAAAACACCAGUACUUCUAAAAUUAUCUAAAAAAAUUUCCCCCUGAAUGUGCCAGAGACUGACACUAUAGUUUUGCUGAUGGACUGUUUCUUUCCUGGAAACCUGCUGUGAAUUGCCAGUCAGUAGUUCACAAACUGGUACCACAGUCCACAGACCACUGCUUUGAGUAACAGUGCUAUAGAUCACCUAGCAUAAUUCUUUUGAGCACUGGAUACAACAUUGGCAGCUGGUAGGGUAGUGAAUUUCCAAAGUGCUGAAUGUAUUUGGGGGAUAGUUUCAGCACCUUGGACAGCUUUUUUAAAGUUUGUAUUAAAACAUGGAUCAAAUUCACUACUUUACUGACAUGGAAGCCACCACUGGGUAACAUCAGCCAGCUCCUGUAGGAACCUUUUAUUGUGGGCAUGGUGGUCAUCUGGUGUAGGCACAUUUCUCCAUAAACAGAAGGGAUUACACAGUAACUGUGAUAUGACACUAUUCCACUUAAAGUGGUUACCUUAGGGCAGGAGUUAGGGGCAUAACCCUGAGGUCCCACUCAAAAGAAAAAAAACCUCUCAAAAGUAGCAAGCCUUAUUCAACACAGAGUGCAGCAGUUUAUGUUACCAUCUAGAGAAUCCCAUUCGCAACUUUCCAAUAAUAAUACUGUUUAUUUAUAGCAUUUAUAUCUUGUUCUUCAGACACAAAGGCUCUCAGAGUUGCUUGUACAAAAUGUUAAUUUGACAGUCCCCUAUUAAGUCCAUGAUCUCCACCCCACCCCAACAAAACAUUUAUCUGGAGCAUCUGCAGGCCCUGGAGCUACAAUGAUGCUAGUGGUAUAAAUUUGGAGGUGGCAUAUCAGUAAGUGGUUCUGUACAUAGCAGAUCCAUGCCCUUGAGUACUCUUGGGUUCCCUCAUCUUUUGCUCCAAGCUACUGUUAAAUUACCUCUAAUAUGACAUCAGCAUUCUCUCCCACAUUUGUGUCUGCAGUAUCCUUGACAUGGAACUGCUCAUCUGGAAAACAAAAAUAAUAAAAAAUUAUAUCAGUGGUUCAAAAAGAAAGAAAGGUACGUUACCAGUCUUUAAUAAAUAAUAUCACUCAACCCAUCUCCUUUGUACACUUGGUCCUCCAUAUCCAUGGAUUCUUUAUCCACGAAUUCAACCAUUCAUGGCUUUGAAAUAUUUUAAAAUAUAUAGAAAUUAUAAAAAGCAAAUCUUAAUUUUGCCAUUUUAUGUAUUACAUUUUAUGUAAUACCACACCCAUUGUAUUUAAAGAGAUUUGAGUAUCAUUGAGCCUACUGUAUAUAUAGCUUUUUCUGAUUUCCUCUUGUUUGACAGUUGUUGUUACUUAAGAAAUUAAACUGAGGUAAAUAAUACCUUAUUAUGUUAACACCGUAAUAUAAUAUUUGUAAUACAGAUUGAGUUACCCUUAUCGAAAACACUUAGGAUCAGACAUGUUUUGCAAUUUUUGGAUUUUGGAAUACUUGCAUAUACAUAAUGAGAUCUUGGAGAUGGGACCCAAGUCUAAACAUGAAAUUCAUUUAUGUUUUGUAUGCACAGUACCUUAUAUACAUAGCCUGAAGGUAAUUGUGUGCAUAAUAUUUUCAAUGAUUUUGUAUAUGGAACAAAGUUUGUGUACACUGAACAAUCAGAAACCAAAGGUGUCACUGUCUGUGUGGACAACUGUAGAAUUUUGAGUAUUUUCAAUUUCAGAAUUCUGGGUAAGGGAAACUCAAUCUGUAAUGUAAUUUUCAAUUCUAAUUUAAUUAAUUUCCUUGUAACAAAAUUAACAAAUUUCAUUACCUCAUCAAGAUCGCAGACUCAUGGAUACAAUCUUAUCCUCCCCACCCACCGUUUCCUAAAUUUUCUCUGAGUUGUCAUUGCUGAUUACAUUCUGGCUGCCCCAGCUUUGUAAGUGAAAGGUACAAUCUAACAGAGGUGAGAGUACACCGGGCUGUGAAUGACUUCUCAUAAGGAUGGAAGCUUCUUUCCACUGGCAUCUUCCCUGGCCAAUGCUCUAACAUGACCACACUCAACACACAGCAACUGAACUGCUUCAGAUGCUAUGCUGGCUACAGGCAAGACACAAGAUGGUAUUACACCCAGCCUGAUUUGUAAACUCAAUCACACCAUGAAGUUGAGCUUGAUAUGGAUAGAUACAGAUAACAGGCUUCGUGGAAUGACUUCAGAAACAAUUUGGAAAUGUUUUGCUCACAAUAAUGGCAGAGAUACAGUCUGUUUUAAAAUCAAAACAUUCCUGUGUUUUAUGUUAUUGUAUACUGGUAUUCAAGUAUAUUAACAGUGAACCCAGUCAUUGUAUCAGGUGUGUAACUACAGGUGGGGCAAUGAAGGUGGCAUCCUCCCAAAUAAGAAUUGUGCCCGCAUAUUUAAUUUUUUCUUCAGUUUCAAAUGUAUAGCAUUGCAGCAAGUUCAGGUGACCAUUUGUAACUACAGUUUAGGUGUUAAAGAAAAGGGGCAGGUAAAGUGAACAAGAGAAUGUGAAUGCAGCAAAUAUGAGACUUCUAGGUGUGAGUGAUUUUCAGCAUCUCACUCUCUGCAAUGCUAGAAAUUUCAUUUGGUUGGGCAGAAUUCUUAUGAGGAGGCAAAUGUCCACAUCCCCGCAUUGCUAUAUCCCUACAAUGUAUGCGAUUUAUGGAAACUGUUAUUUUGUUGUGUCUGUGCUUAAUGUUCUUGCUCUGAUUUUGUACUUUAUAACGCACAAGCUUAAAAAAUCAAUUGGUAUUACUGUAAAGCUAUAAAUUUAGCUGCUUAGAUGAAAUCA